AAGAGUGGGUUGGAUUCUCGCGUUUUUUUUUUUUUUUUUGGGUGAGGGGGAGAGGGAGAGGGAGCGGGGGCAGAAUUUCUGGUGCAAUGAGGCAUACCGGCGGAGAUAGCUGAAGGGAACGGUGACGGUGGCGACGAAUCGAGACGAACAGCGGUAUUACUGGUACCCGCGGCCCUCAUCGAUGUCGUCGUCGUCGUCGUCGUCGUCGGCGACGCUGAAGGGCUGCUGCUGCUGCUUCUUCCUCCUGCUGACCUUCCUGGCGCUGGUGGUGGUGGCGGUCGUGGUGGUAGUGGUCCUGGCAGUCAAGCCCCGCAAGCCGCAGCUAGACCUUCAGGCGGCCACCGUGCAGUACCUCCUAGUUGAGACGCCGCCCGGGGGGCCGGGCUCCGGCGUCGCCUAUCUCUCCCUCAACAUCUCCAUGCUCUUCUCCGCCUCCAACCCCAACCGGGUGGGCAUCAAGUAUGCGCCCACUACGUUCUACGUGAUGUACGAGGGCGUGCCGCUCGGCGUCGCCGAGUUCCCCGGUUUUUACCAGCCCGCCUACAGCCGAACUCCGGUGGAGACAAGGGUGAGCGUUCAGAGGGUCAACGUGAUGCAGGCGGCCGCCGCCGACCUUGUCCGCGACGCCACCGUCACCGACCGAGUCGAGUUCAACGUUAAGGGCGACGUGGGAGCCAGGAUCCGAGCCCUGGGCAUCACCCUCCCCAACGUCGAGGUGUCGGUGGACUGCGUGAUCGUGGUGAGCCCCAGGAAGCAGUCGGUGACGUACAAGCAGUGCGGCUUGGGCCUCAACGUCUGAAGAAGGAACCGGCCGGUUUUUGCGGACGAAGAAAGAGAUCGAGCGAGGGAGGAGGAAAAAAAAAAACACAAAAGAAAAACAAAGGAACCGGAUUCUCUGCGGAAGAGUCGAUAUGAUUGAGGAAGCGGAACUAUCUUUUUCAGGUUCCCAAACGAGACUCUGUUCUGAUGAAUUCUAUUCUCCCAAAUUUUUUCUUUUUUUUAAAAAAAAAAAAAUUUUCCUUGUGAUGUUUAUGUGGCCGCGACGCGAGGCGACUCCACAAAAGGACGAAGAGAAUUGGGGGAUUCUCUUCCACGUGGUCGCCAGCGAAAAGGGUAUCUUGACUUUCUUGCUCGCGAAGCAAGUUCUUCGUUUCGUAUUGUGAUGCACCCACUAAAUCUAAUAGAUGAAGGAAGGGAUGAUGGGGUUUGGGUGCGAUGAACCUAUGCCUUUACACAUGGCAGCUUGUUACCUUUUCUUUUUUUUGGCAAUUUUACGCUGGGUGGGCCAUAUGUUUUUUUCCUGAACUAUAUAUAUAUAUAUAUAUGCGUGAGAGGGCUACCUCCUCAUAUUUUGCUUA